CGAGCUGUACCUCGACUGAAGCUGCUUCUUAUAUCUUAAAAACAACAUGCUUCACUCAGAGGAGGGGAUCAUGUGCUGUAGUUAAAGGACACACAGUAAGAUGAUGCUCCUGUGGCUGUCUGCCUUUUCUCUGGUGUCUCUGACCCCAGUGUGUGACGCAGUGUGUUCAGCUCAGGAGUUCAGCUGCUCUCAGGAUCUGUGUGUGUCCGAGGGAAGUGUGUGUGACUUCACUGACGACUGUGGAGAUUACAGCGAUGAGGAAAACUGCUCUGGAUAUAAGAGGUGUGAUUUUGAAGAUGGAUUCUGUGACUUGAUGCAGAGCUCAGAGUCCAGAUGGAUCAGAACUACUGAGGCUCAUGGACUCAAACAGGACCACACAAACACAUCAGCUCACUUCCUGUCCCUUUCACCUGGAAACAGAACCUCUGCAGACCUGAUCAGUCCUUUCCUCCUGCCCAGUGAAACCUGCCAG